AUGAGGUUCUCGUUCUUCGUUUCCGCCAGUGCGGCCUUUCUGUUAGCAGCAGCAGCGCCUCAUGAAGAUGUGUCGCUCGACGAAGCACUCAAGAACUUCGAUUACGGCGCGAUGAUGGAUCUGGGACGCGAUGGAGUGCUUCGUAGCUUGAACGCAGCACACGACACUGUAUUGGACUUUGUCCAGCUCAGUGGGCCUCAGAUCACCGAGUUCUUUGCUAAAACAGGCUCGGACCCAUCCGUCAUGUCCGGCGUGUACGUUUGCUCCAAUCAACUCCUCUAUCAGUAG